CGACAACUCGACAGUUGCAAUUUGUGCGUCGCGGUUCGAACAACGCGUGGCAAGAAGCACAAUUAAUUGACGAGUUGUUAAACAUAUCUAUUAAAUGCGUUCGGGCCUUUAAAUAACUCGUGUGCACCGCGUAAAAAUUAUCAAUUAAAAUCAAUUAACAAGCAACGAGCCGGCGGAAUAAAAUAAAAUCAAAUUUAAAUACAAAUAAAAGCGAUGCCGGGAAGAAAAAAAAAUCACCACAAGAACAGCAACAGAGCCAGGCAUCCAAGGGGUCAGCAGUCGAAGGACAGCAAACAGGACCAGCAUGACAGCCAGCCGGAAAGGGAGGAGAGUCCUUUGCCGGCUGAUAAAGAACAGCCGUUUCGUGUUGCCCAGUCGGAGAUAUAUGGCCGAUAUCUGGUGGCCAGCAGACAGCUGGAGGCGGGCGAAACACUGAUCCGUGAAGAGCCCUUGGCCAUUGGGCCGUGUGUGAGCGGUGAUCCCGUAUGCCUGGGCUGUUAUCAGCCAGUGUCCUUGAAGCCACAACAAUAUCGUUGUCCUGGCUGUGCCUGGCCACUCUGCAGCAGCACAUGUUCGGGAAUCAAGCACCGACAUGGCCAUACCGAAACCGAAUGCCAACUGUAUGGAGAACGACGGGCGGUCGCCGGCGAACUGCUGACGGAUCGCGCCGGUCCGGCGGAAGUGCGGGACCUCUACGAACUGGUAAUGAUCGUGCGCAUCCUCCUCCUGCGCCAGCACGAUCCGGAGCAGUUCGACCUGAUCGCCCGCAUGGAAUCGCAUACGGAAGAGCGUCGCCAGAACGAGGUCCUAUGGCGGCACUACGAGGAGAAGGUGGUGCAGCGGUUGCGUGUCACAUGGAAACUGGAGGAUCUGGAGGCGGAACAGGUGCACGAGGUGUGCGGAAUACUGGACGUCAAUUGCUUUGAGAUCGGCCAGAAUGGCGCCAAGGCGCGGACGCUAUAUCCGAGCGCCUUCCUGCUCGCGCACGACUGCACCCCCAACACGGCGCACACGGACGAUCCGAGGUCCUUCGCGAUCCUGCUGCGCACCUCGCGGCGCGUGCGCGAGCGGGAAGCGCUGACGCUCAGCUAUGCGUACACGCUGCAGGGCACCCUCAAGCGGCGCGCCUUCAUGCACGAGGGCAAGCUCUUCUGGUGCCGCUGCCGGCGCUGCGCCGAUCCCCGAGAGCUGGGCACGGACUGCAGUGCCUUGGUGUGUUCCGCCUGCCGGGCGGGAUCGGUGCGUGCGGUGGAUCCUUUGGAGCAAACUGGCGAUUGGGCCUGCGACCGCUGCUCCCAUCGCAUUGUAGCCAAGGAUGUAGAACGGCAGUUGGACCGCAUCAACGAUGACCUGGAGGCCAUCGAUGUCCACGACAUUCCCGGACUGGAGAACUUUCUCCUUAGGUAUCGGGAUGUCCUGCGACCCAACCACUACCUCCUGCUCUCGGCCAAGUACUCGUUGUGCCAGAUUUACGGACGGAUCGAAGGAUAUUUACUGCCACAGAUGUCGCCGCAGGAUAUUGCUCGCAAGGAGAGUUACUGCCGGGAGUUCCUGGAAAUCGUCGAUGUACUCGAUCCGGGACUAACGCGUCUGAGAGGACUCAUCAUGUAUGAGCUUCAUGCCCCCGUUAUGGUUCUGGCCCAGUCGGCCAUCCAAAAUGGACAGAUCUCAAGGCAAGAGUUCCAGCGGCGACUCAAGGAGGUGGUGAAGCUGCUCCAAGUUAGCCGGGAUAUAUUGUGCAUGGAGCCCGAAGGAUCCACGGAGCACGAGAUGGGACUGGCAGCAGCCGAUGCCCUCAGCAAAAUGGGUUGCUAGCCAAGAACUAUUGCAAAAGUUUCACUGAGUUUUAUUGAAAAAGGAAAAUGUAUCUCAAAAUAAACAUAGCAGUUAGUCUA